AUGUAUGACAGCGUUCAGAUUCUGAAAUCGGACUCAGGUGGUGUGAGGAGCAGUGGACAUGAAGAUCAUGCUGAUCAUGAUCCAACGGUGGUGCUGUCGAACUGGAUCUAUGAUAGCAAGGGAACUGUGGCGAGUGGUUUCUUUGCUAUUGAACCUAUCGUAGGUCAAACAGUUGGCCUGUUAGCUGUGCAUCGACGAAGUCGUCAUCCUACAGCUACUGACCACAUUCAUGCCAAGCUCGUAGAAUUGACUAUAUUUCCUCCAUGGAGAAAGGUGAAACAGCGUUAUUUUUUGCAGUAUUACUAUAUAUAA